CUCUCUCUCUCUCUCUCUCAAAAGAGAUUCAGAAAUUGAGUUUAGUUUGAAGCCAUGAAGGAGAUAAGGAAGCCUCACACAUGUGAUUCCAAGACAACUUCCUCAUCAUUAGCCAUGCAUAAAGGCUCACACCUAAUAUCAAAAUUCCAGCCAAAGAUCCGAAUAGUUCACAUAUUUGCACCAGAGAUCAUAAAGACCGACGUAGCCAAUUUCAGAGAGCUCGUGCAGAGACUCACAGGAAAGCCGCCGCCCAAUGACCACAACAAGCGUAGCAACAAGAAGAAAGCAAAUUGUGUUGUUAGAAGAGAAGAAUUACUGAUUUCUAACCUCAAGCAAACCAAAACAAGAGAUCUGCAAGAUGGGUUUCAGAGAAUUAAGGAAGAAGAGGAAAGAGAGAUGUGGGGGGGAAGUGAGAAUUCAAGUGGGUUCUUUAGUGGGUUGGGAGAUUUAGAAGGUUUUAUUCAAGGGUUUGGUGAAUUCCCUUUGGUUGCUACUUCAAAUUCUUCUCACAUGGAUGUGCUUGGCCUUGGAGAAACACAUCUUCCAUAGAUAAUCUGAAACUAAAAUUUCUUUUUAUGCUGUUGUUGGCUU